UCAUCUGACAGUUGACUUGUCAGAGCAAGGCAGUGAAUUGAUUUUUUCGAAAAUGUCGUUUGCGGACAAGAUUACUAUGCUGAUGUCGCGCCCGGGCGGCGAAAAUGUCCAAAAAGACGAUGUCCCUUGGUGGAUGCGUUACGCUGGAAGAGGCUUAGGCACUGUUGGCAGUUCAAUCGCUAUCCUGCUGGGCGUGUUCAACUGCCUGGGCCUAUUUACGCUAAACGUCCCAUGCCUGAUCGCCGGUAUCUGGCAGAUGUUGGCCGGCUUCGUGGUGAUAGUCUGUGAGGCGCCUUGCUGCUGCUUCUGCAUCGACUACGUCCAGACCCUUUCAGAUAAGAUGGAGACACGUCCGUAUUGGAACAAAGCUAUGUUCUAUGUGGGGCUGGCGCUGCCGCCGUUCUUCCUGUGCUUCCUGAGUCUUAGCACGUUGUUCGGCAGCGGCAUGAUCUUCGGCACCGGCAUCAUAUACGGCAUGAUGGCGCUCGGCAGGAAAGCGUCAGCUGAAGAGAUGAGGACGUCUGCGGCGAACUUGGAGGCGGGUCUCGGCCAGCCCAGCUCCGCGCCGCGCGCCAACCUCGUCGCCAACGAGCAGCCUGUCGCCUUCACCGGACUGCCGCUGCCCAAGUGACCGCGGUAACUAGCCCUUUCUAAUCCAAUCCAUUCUUCUUUGCAACACAAUCCAUUACUCGUUGCAACCCAAUCCAUUACUCUUUGCAACACAAUCCAUGGUCCGUAAACUCUCACUGGUCGUAACCUCAAAGUAAUUGAUGUCUCCCAAAAUGUUUAAAUAUAUAUGAUUUUAUCUUUAAAAAUAAAAUAUACUAAUUUACUACUGUGUUCCAAAUCUUAACAAUUUGUGCAUAGAUUUAAAUAAUAAACUUUAAUAUGGCCACUCUGACAAUGUCAAUUAUUUGACAAAAUUAUUAAAAAUUAAACUUAUUACAUCUUGGUAAUUUUAAACAUAUGAAAAGUAAUGUAUUUUACCAACAAAAAUAUAUUCUGAUGUAAAAUGGCUAUUAAAUAAAUGGCAACCUCCAUUAGUGUUGCAAUUGUUUAAAAAUAUACAAUUUGAUAUUUUUUAAUCCCGCUCGUAGAUAGUAAAAAUUAUUUAAUAUGUUUUUUUUCUAAUGUAAAUGAAAUAUUUAUGCAAUUAUAUAAUUAAUUAAUUAUAGGUAAAGGUAGCAUAGAUGUUAUAGAAUAUUGAAUUAAGAUUGUUACCGAUAACCUCAGUGUAGCUAAAAAUGGAUGAAAUAUUACAAAGUUAUAAAAAUAAUACUAUAUAAACGUAAUUAUUCAUAUAUAUAGUAAUUUGUUAAAAAUAACGUAAAACUAUCGUAGAUUUUUUUUUUGUAAUAUUUUAUCUGUGCGAAAAAUAAAUGUAAAAAAGGAACAGUGGGUUCUUAUUAAGAACAAAAACUGGUCAUAGACUAUACAGCCUAUGUAAUGCUUUUUUUUAAUAUAUAUUGUUAAUGUCUUAGCAUUUUGGUUAAAUUAUAUGAUCAGUACCGUUCUUCAGACAUAUCUAUUUGUUAAAGUUUAUGGUUGUAAUUACGUUUCAAUAAUAAACACCAGGUUGCAUUAACAUAAUUUUAACAUAAUUACUAGAAUGUUGUAGAAUGUUGUAACCAACUGUAGCGAAUUAAAUCCAAGGAUUUUUCUUAAAAGAUACUAAAUGAUUUUCCCCCGGUUUUUAACCUACAAGACGAACCUAACCUAAAAAUCGAAUUAAGAUUUUAGGUUAGGAUAAGUACUUUCUAGAAUGAUUUGGUUACUACAUAAUAUACAUAAUAAACUUUAUGAAAUAACCUAAUUUCAUUUUACGUCCAUAUAUUUUUAUAAUGUUUUGAUUAAAUAAUUUUUGUUUGAUUAUUUACGCGUUAAUUUUGCUAAGUAAUUUUUUUUAGAUAAAAUCCUUCCUUUGUAAUGCUUUAUACGUUAAUAUUGUGAUAUUUAUUUUGACGUAUCCCUUAUUUUUAUCAAGUACUACGAAAGAUAUUUUACAUUUGUAUUUAUUUAGCUAAUAAAUAGAUGUUUUUAAAGUCUUUCUUGACUUAUAUGAUUUUUUUUAUAUACUGGAAAGAUUUUAAAUAAUGAAGAAAUUAAAAGAUAGCAUCUGAAAUGUUUCGAUUCGUGCAUUUUAAAUAAAUUUCCAGUAAUAUAGAGAUAUUUUAAGUUAGAUAUAAAUCAUUCCAAAUUGUACUGAAAAUGGGUCUCAAUAUAUUAUUUCCGUAUUAACAUAUACCAUGUUUUCUUUGUAUUCAUUUGAUAUUGAACAAGUACUACCUCAAAAUUUUUCAUAACCUCUUUGUAGUACAUGUAAAAAUAUAUAAAAACGGACGUAUUAGUGUCCUGUUUAUCACGAAAUAAUAUAAUAAAAAUUCCAGUUUUAAACGUUUAAAUUUUUCGAAUUAAAGAUUGCGAUGUUAUAUAAAAUAUUAGAAGCUGAUGGUAUAAGUAUUAUAUAUAAAAGACCCUAGUCUUUAGGUAACUUUAUUUCUAGUUUUUAAUAUUUGCUCAUACACGGCCAAUGUGGGUGUGAUUUUUUUUAUAUGUCGCCAGUAUAUCGAUUUAUUUCGAUAACUGGCCACAUUGUGCGAUUGAGUAGUGCUUCCGGUGAAUUAUUUUCGCAUUUUUUUUAAUUGCUAUCAUUAAUUAUGAUACUAUAUUUAUUGAAUUUUAUAUUCUGUAUAUAUUUCAGGUAAAAGCCUAAAGUUUUUUUUAUUAUUUUUUAAUCUAUAUUUAAAUAUGAAUAGAAUUGAAAAGUUCUAUAGUCAAUAUCGAUAAUGUAGACUUACAUUGAAAUAUUUUUCCGAUUUUUUAUUUGCAAAAUGAAAUCUGCUUUGUUAGAGCAUUGUCUGUGUCACUCAUAAUGUUUUUAAGCGGUUUAAGCUGCGAUGGUUGGAAAUCUUGAAUUAAGAUAGAUCUCGUUGUCUGAAUGCUGCUUAACAUCGUAUACAUAGUUAUGUGUAGUCUAAGUGGUUAUAAUGUUGUUUCUUGUCGAUAAUGUUACUGUUUAGAAUGGCAUAUCUGUAAUAAAUGUGUGUAUAUUGA